AGCAUUAAAAUUAAUAUCACUUAAGGUAACCUAUUAAAAUAUUUAAAAGGAAAGUGAAAAACGGCGUCGUAACUUUGUGGUGUUCCAUAAAUGAUUGAGGGUUAAAUGGUUUUAAUGUUACGAAUCCAGAGCAACUGGCAAAGGGUUCUUGAUUGUCCGGAUUUCAAGAGAAUCGAGAGAAGAUGGUGAGAGGCGAGGCAUUGAGAGCAUACAGAGAUUUGAUAAGAGCCACAAGGAAAUCAUUCGCUGGAGACACCCUGAUGCUUAGAGAAUCAGCCAAAGAGAUCCGUAAGAAAUUCAAUGAGAAUCGCCAUGUUACCUCUGAUGCCGAGAUCCAGAAACUCCUUGAAGAGGCACGUGAAGCCUCUCAUUUCAUCUCAACUAUGAUCGUCCAAGCUAAACUCAAUGAACGUGGUGGCUUUGAAGUGAAGCCUGGUAAGGAACAUGCGGGAGCAACACUUGAGAUCCCUUCUGAAGAGCUUCUUCGAAAGUCUGGAUAACUAGUGAAAGUUUGUCAAGUACUCCUGCUUCUUUCUCUUCGUUUAGUUGGUGUGUUAUUGAAUAUCAAUUAUUAUGCAUUUCGUUUUUUGCUUUUUACUUUGUGGCCUAGGAAGCAGACAAAUAAACAUAAUUCAUGCAAUUAUAAAGCAGAAGCUAUUUUAUGAAA